CUUUCUCUUGCUUUCUCUUUCGGUCCAAUACCUGGACUCAGAAAUGGCGGAAAAUCUUUGAAAAGUUUGUGUUUUGGUAGCAACCCAGAAUCUAUCUAUGCUUCAAGGGAAAGGCGGAAAUGGUGUUCAAGAACAAGCUCUUCUUCUCCGCCAAGAAGUCGGAUUCCUCCAGUCCCGACGGAUCCAACAGCCCUGGAUCCUCCUCCAACUCUCCGAUCCGAUCUGACAAGAAGAAGUCCAAAUCAUCGACUUCCAAAGCUGAUUCCCAGAUCAAUUCCCCCACCGCGUUCAGUCCCGUUGCUUGCAAGCAAACCCCAGUCAAAGAUGGAGUCAGAAAGAAUGACUUCAAGUCUAAGGAGCCCAAACCCCAACCGCAAUCGCCGCUGAAAACCCCGGUUAAGCAGGCUGCUUCGACUUCCAAGAAGCCGGAUGCCAAGGAGGGGUCCAAUCCGGCGGCAUCUGUCUCGCCGAUACUGGCGUCGUCCCUUGGGCUCACUCGGAUAAAGACGAGGUCUGGGCCGUUGCCCCAGGAAAGCUCCUUUAGUUUAAGGGGGGAGAAGGGGUCAGCAGCUUCCGUGCUCGGGGUUAGUAAUUUGUCCAGGCCUGGAGGUUCUAAUAGUGGCGUGGGGAGUUCAGGGAAGUCGGGCUCCGGUUCUGGAAAAAAAGACGGGGCUAAUCAUAGGUUAUUGCAGGAGUGUGCGGGCGACAAUGCAAGCAAUUCCGGUGGUAUGUCACCGAGUAGUGGUGGAGGGUGGCAAUCCAGGGAGCAGAUUCCCAAUGCGCAGGGGAGGUCCCAUCUGCAGAAUGGGGAGUCCUCAUCGCAAGCAGGGCAACAUGAGUCAUCCUGGGGUCAAACUGGAAGCUUAAGAAGUUCAGAUGUUUGCACACCUGAGGCUUCAUUUGGUUUUGAAAAUCCUAAGGAAUCUGAAUCCCCUCGUUUUCAAGCCAUAAUCCGUAGCUUUUCCCAUGAAUUAAAUUCCAAAGGCGUACGACCUUUUCCAUUUUCUGCUAUUCCACGACGCUUAAAUAACUUGGAGGAAGUGGCUGUUAUGAUUCGGGCUAGAUUUGACAAAGCAAAGGAGGAAGUUAAUUCUGAUCUGGCUAUUUUUGCUGCAGACCUGGUUGGAAUUCUUGAAAAGAAUAUAGAAAGUCAUCCUGAGUGGCAGGAAACCAUUGAGGACUUGCUUAUUUUGGCCCGGAGCUGUGCUAUAACACCACCUGGUGAAUUUUGGUUUCAAUGUGAAGGCAUAGUUCAGGAGUUGGAUGAUAAGCGCCAAGAACUUCCUCCUGGAAUGCUGAAGCAGCUAUAUACAAAGAUGCUUUUCAUUCUCACUAGGUGUACCAGGUUGUUGCAGUUCCACAAGGAAAGUUUUUUGCCUGAGGAUGAACAUGUGAUCCAACUUCGCCAAUCUAGAGUCUUGCAUUCAGCUGAUAAGAGAAUUCCUUCAGGGAUAGGACGGGAGGUGAAAGGUUCAACUGCUGCAAAGGCAUCAGCAGCAGCUCAAUCUAGGAAAUCCUACAGUCAAGAACAACAUGGCUUGAGUUGGAAAAGUGACCCUGUGGAACAGCCGGAAAGUUUCAUCUCUCCCCCAGCUGUUGAUACUCCCAAGAUCUUGGAUUCUCCUUCAAGUAGACAACGUAUGUCUUCUUGGAAGAAACUCCCAUCUCCAGCAUCAAAAAACAUGAAGGAAGCUGCUUCAUUGAAAGAUCAGAAAGAUAGUAUGACGGAAACCUUGAAAAAGAGAGGAACUGAUGUAGAUUUGGCUGUUGCCAAGCUGCCUGAGUUUCCUCCAAAAGAAUCUCAAGAGCAUUCUUCCAAGCAUCAACAUAAAGUUUCUUGGGGUUACUGGGGAGACCAGCAGAAUGUUUCUGAAGAAAGUUCUAUCAUUUGUCGCAUUUGUGAGGAGGAGGUUCCCAAAUCACAUGUUGAAGACCAUUCUAGAAUUUGUGCAAUAGCUGAUCGAUGUGAUCAGAAAGGACUUAGUGUUGAUGAGCGUUUAAUUUUAAUUGCUGAAACUCUUGAGAAGAUAGAGUCCUCGACUCCAAAGGACAUUCAACAGGGAGUUGGAAGCCCAGAUCUUGCAAAAGUAUCAAAUUCAAGUAUGACUGAAGAAUCUGAAGUUCCAUCUCCAAAACUGAGUGACUGGUCCAGAAGGGGCUCAGAGGACAUGCUAGACUGUUUUCCUGAAGCUGAUAAUUCCAUUGUUAUGGAUGAUCUAAAGGGUUUGCCUUCCAUGUCAUGUAAAACACGUUUAGGUCCUAAGUCAGACCAAGGAAUGACUACAUCUUCUGCAGGAAGCAUGACUCCUAAAUCUCCACUAUAUCAAAGUCAGAUAGAUUUGCUAUUGUCAGGCAAGGGUACAUACUCCGAACAUGAUCUGCCACAGAUGAAUGAACUUGCUGAUAUUGCAAGAUGUGUAGCAAAUAUGCCAUUGGAUGAUGAUCGCUCUAUGCCUUAUUUAUUAUCUUGUCUUGAGGACCUUAGUGUUGUGAUAGACCGCAGAAAGUUUGACGCACUUACAGUGGAGACAUUUGGGACACGUAUUGAGAAGUUGAUCAGGGAGAAGUAUUUUCAGCUUUGUGAGCUAGUGGACGAUGACAAGCUUGAUAUAGCAAGCACUGUGAUUGAUGAGGAUGCUCCCUUGGAAGAUGAUGUUGUUCGUAGUUUGAGAACAAGUCCUAUGCAUUCUUCUAAGGAUCGAACCUCUAUAGAUGACUUUGAGAUAAUAAAACCAAUCAGUCGGGGAGCAUUUGGACGUGUAUUCUUGGCUAAAAAGAGAACAACUGGGGAUCUUUUUGCAAUAAAGGUUCUCAAAAAAGCAGAUAUGGUUCGCAAGAAUGCAGUCGAGAGUAUAUUAGCAGAGCGUGAUAUUUUAAUUUCAGUCCGCAAUCCUUUUGUGGUUCGGUUCUUCUAUUCAUUUACAUGCCGUGAGAACCUGUAUCUUGUGAUGGAGUAUUUGAAUGGAGGAGACUUAUAUUCUUUGUUAAGAAAUUUAGGCUGCUUGGAUGAGGAUGUUGCUCGUGUCUACAUAGCAGAAGUUGUGCUUGCUUUGGAAUAUUUACAUUCUCUGAAUGUAGUUCAUCGUGAUUUAAAGCCUGAUAAUUUGUUGAUUGCACAUGAUGGUCACAUCAAGUUGACAGAUUUUGGGCUUUCAAAGGUUGGUCUGAUCAACAGCACUGAUGAUUUAUCUGGUCCAGCUGGCACAUCUCUACUUGAAGAAGAGCAGCCCCAGUUAUCUGCCUCUGAGCAUCAACAAGAAAGGCGGAAGAAGCGCUCUGCUGUGGGUACUCCUGACUAUUUGGCGCCUGAAAUACUUUUGGGAACAGGACAUGGUGCAACAGCAGAUUGGUGGUCUGUGGGCAUUAUUUUGUUUGAAUUGAUUGUGGGUAUUCCACCAUUCAAUGCUGAGCAUCCUCAGACAAUAUUUGAUAAUAUACUCAACCGUAAAAUACCAUGGCCGCGGGUGCCAGAAGAACUGAGCCCUGAAACACAUGAUCUAAUUGAUCGAUUGUUGACAGAAGAUCCGCAUCAGAGACUUGGAGCUAGAGGAGCAUCAGAGGUGAAGCAGCAUGUAUUUUUCAAAGAUAUCAACUGGGACACCCUUGCAAGGCAAAAGGCUGCAUUUGUUCCUACUUCAGAGAGUGCUGUUGAUACUAGUUACUUCACAAGUCGCUACUCAUGGAAUACUUCAGUGGAGCAAGUAUAUCCACCAAGUGAACUUGAUGAUUCCAGUGAUGCUGACAGCUUAAGUGGAAGCAGUGGUUGCCUGAGCAAUCGCCAGGAUGAAGUGGGAGAUGAAUGUGGAGGCCUUGCUGAAUUUGAGUCUGGAUCAUCUGUCAAUUAUUCCUUCAGUAAUUUCUCUUUUAAGAAUCUCUCCCAGCUUGCAUCAAUUAACUAUGAUCUGCUUUCUAAAGGAUGGAAAGACAAGCCUUCAAAUUCUAAUGCAUAACAGGGAGCUUUCACUUUCUUCUUGCCAGAAGAUGGGUUUGAGUUUUUGAGAUUAGACUGACAUCCCAAAUUUAAGAGUUCUCAUCACCGUGAUGUUUGUAUAGUUUGUACAUAGAUUGAAGAGAAUUCGAGACUAAACUGCUUCAGGAAUCAGGAUGUGUUCUUUCUAGGUAACGCCUUUAUACCAUUGAGUUUCUGUUCUGCUCUUAAGGUGCUCUGAUCCCAGGACAUUAGUGUAACUUGAUCUGUGCAUACCAUGGUAUUUGCCUACAGUCAUUGGCAUAUUAUGGUGUAAUAACUUGUGAUUUUUUCCUUCAUAGCAAUGAAAAACACAUCCCUUC